GGCUCAAGUACUUGCUUUUUUUAAUAGAAUGAGAUAACGAAAGUAAUUCACUGAGCAAUGUUGUUAAUUGAACUGUUGAGUCCGAUCAACAACAGUCUUAUUGAAAGUGAAAUUGAAUAAGGUGGACUAUGGCUCCAAAAGCAACAACAUCUGAGUGCACCGGAGUGUUAAAUGAACAAGAUGCCGAAACGAUUGACGGCGGACUCGCGAAAGAUAUCACACCGUUAACGUUAGCAAGGCCUCGGGAAUAUGAAUGGGUAUGGCGAAACAUUGCUGCUUUCAGUUUCCUUCACCUGUCCGCAAUUUAUGGAAUCUAUCUGCUCUUUACUUCCGCCAAACUGUACACAAUCAUGUUCGCCGUCGUUGUGUACUUUAUUUCCAUAUUGGGGAUAACUGCUGGUUGUCAUCGACUCUGGGCCCAUCGCUCGUACAAAGCAAAACUGCCGCUUCGAAUUUUGCUGGUAGCGUUCAAUACGAUAGCAUUUCAAGACUGUGCCCUACACUGGGCUCGAGAUCAUCGAGUUCACCAUAAAUUUUCGGAAACGGAUGCCGAUCCACACAACGCAAAACGAGGAUUCUUUUUCUCGCACGUCGGUUGGCUGCUGUGCAAAAAACAUCCCGAUGUGAUUGAGAAGGGAAAGAGUCUGGACAUUUCAGAUUUGUUGGCCGAUCCAGUGUUGGUCUUUCAACGUAAGUAUUACAUGAUACUGAUGCCAUUGGCCUGUUUCAUACUGCCAACGAUCGCACCGAUGUUCUUCUGGAACGAAACGUUUCUGAAUUCAUUCUUCGUUUCGACGAUGUUCCGUUGGACGUUCGUUUUGAAUUUUACAUGGCUGGUGAACAGUGCCGCACACAAAUGGGGCCACCGACCGUACGAUGUGAACAUCAAUCCGGCACAAAAUCCAAUCGUGUCGAUUCUAGUUUUGGGUGAGGGAUGGCACAACUAUCAUCAUGUGUUCCCGUGGGAUUAUAAAACAGCCGAAUUGGGUAACUAUCGAGCCAAUUAUACAGCUGCGUUCAUCGAUUUCUUUGCGAAAAUCGGUUGGGCUUAUGAGUUGAAGUCGGUUUCGCGUGAAAUUGUCAAAACGAGAGUCGAACGUACUGGUGAUGGAUCGCAUGCGAUAUGGGGAUGGGGUGAUAAAGAUCAGGAUGAGAAAGAUGUGGAAGUUGCGACCAUUACUCAUCCAAAAGUUGCAUAAUGGACGGAGUAGUGUACGGAGUCAAAGGAAUUGAAAGGCAAAAAUAAAGUUUGCAAAAAG